CUCUCCGGGCACCCGCCAUCCCCCAGGCUGCGCUCGGCGAGCACCGCGGGUUUGCCUGCGGCUCUGGCUGCGGAGGAGGAAAGGCCCGUGGGUCGGCCGCCAGUCCCCGUGUCCCGGUGCCAUUGAAGGUCGUGUCCCCGUGUCCCGGUGCCAUUGAAGGCCGUGUCCCGAUACCGCGGUUCCGUUCCGGGCCCAGCCCGGGCCGAUCUCUGCGGAUCCCGGGGCCGCCCCCUGGCCGUGCACGUGUGCCGGCCCCCGUCCCGAUUGGAUGCGCAAUGUCACGUGGUGGGUCAGCUGACCCGCGCUCGCAGCAGCGAUUGGCGGAGCGGGGGGCGGGGCAGGGGCGGGGCCCGCGCAGCCCCGGGAGCGGCGGUGCCGCCAUGUCCCGCGGGCCGGGCCCGGCCGGGCCCCUGCGCUCCCCUCAGGGCCUGGACCUCGAUGCGGAGCGGGAGAAGAUCCGCCGCGAGAUCGAGCAGCUGGAGCGCAGCCUGCAGCCCGGCGGGGCCGACAUCCAGCUGGCCCUGUCCGACUCCAGCCUCAGCUCCGAUGGUGAUGAUGAAGAUGAUGACGAUGAAGAUUCUUAUGCUGAAAUGGAAGUGGAAGUGGAAGAGGAAGACGACAGCAGUGAUGAUGAUGAUGAUAUUGAAAGCCUGCCCCAGGAUCCAGAAACCUGCCUGCAGAUGAACCAUGUGUACCAGGAUGUUAUCAAGGAAAAGAUUGAGGAGGUGGAGCUGCUCAUUGCACAGAACAGAGCACAGCAGAAGGAAAUCACGGGUGAGCUUGAUGGUUCAAAAACAACCAAGGCAAGAGAUGGCAGAAAACUACGAACAAAUGUGUUUUUGGGUCAUUUUAUGAAGCCAUACUUUAAGGAUAAAACAACAGGAAUUGGCCCUCCUUCCAAUGAAGAGGCCAAGGAAAAGGCAGCUCAGGGCAUAAAAUCCUUUGAACAGCUGCAUUCAGCCAAGUGGAGAGCUGCAGAGAAGACUCUGCUGCAGAGAUCCGUGGUGAGCGACCGCCUGCAGCGCCUGCUCCAGCCAAAGCUGCUCAAGCUGGAUUAUUGGAAUCAGAAACUGGAGAAAAUCAAGUCUGAAACAGAAAAAGAGACCUUGGAAAAGCAAAUCAAAGACUUGGAGCAAGAAAUAGAGGCAAUUAACCAACUCCCAGAAAGUGUCUUAAUAGGAGACAGAUUCGAUGAGCAUGACUGGGACAAAAUUUCAAACAUCCAUUUUGAUGGACAGCGUAGCUCAGAAGAACUGAGGAGGUUUUGGCAAAACUGGGAACAUCCAAGCAUCAACAAAGAGGAAUGGACUGAGGAGGAGCUGGAGAGGCUGAAGCAGAUUGCUGCUGAGCACGGCUACCUGGACUGGCAGAGCAUUGCCCAGGAGCUGGGGACAAACAGGACACCUUUCCAGUGCUUGCAAAAAUUCCAACUCUAUAACAAAGAUUUAAAAAGGAAAGAAUGGACCAAGGAUGAGGAUCAGAUGCUUUUAGAGCUUGUUCAAGAGAUGAGAGUGGGAAGCCAUAUCCCAUACAAGAAAAUUGCUUAUUACAUGGAAGGAAGAGAUUCUGCUCAGCUGAUUUACCGCUGGACGAAGAGUGUGGACCCCAGCUUGAAGAAAGGACCCUGGACACCAGAGGAAGAUGCUAUGCUGAUGGCUGCAGUUAAGAAGCACAGGGGGAAGGACUGGUACAAAAUCCGGAGGGAGGUGCCGGGCAGGAGCGACGCCCAGUGCCGGGACCGGUAUUUAAAAGCAUUGCACUGGGAUGUAAAGAAAGGCAAGUGGAGCUUGGAGGAAGAGGAGCAGCUGAUUGAACUGGUUCAAAAGCAUGGCCUGGGUCGCUGGAGUAAAAUAGCUUCAGAGCUGCCCCACCGGACUGGUGCCCAAUGCCUGAGCAAGUGGGCACUCAUGAUUGGCUCUAAGAAGAAAAGAUCUGGGACAAGCAAACGGCGCCACGCUGAGGAGAGCUCCAGCCCCUCAGAGAGCAGCAGUGAGGAGGACAUGGAGCUGGAGCUGGCAGACAGCUCAGAGGAGGGGAAGGUGACCACAAGAAAGGAGGAGUUUGCAGUCCCCAGCAUUGACCUGUGGAUCCCAACAGGGACAGACACACAGGAGACAGCCAGAGAGAGAUACGAGAUCCAAUCCCUCCUCGCUGCUGCCAGGGCAGGGGCUGAUGGAGACAGAGCUGCUGAUAAAUCAUCUGAGCUGAACACUGUGCUGAGGGGCUUUGCAGAUGCCCAUUCCACAGAUGUGCUGGUGAAGAAUCCAGCAGAAGUGAUGGCCAAGGCUGCCCAGUGUGGGAAACACGUGCUGAGGGUUAGCCUGGAGGAUGUGAGGACAAUAUUAAAGAAGAACACGAGCUACCACAGGAAACUGAUGCUGGGACUUCCUGCCUGGCUUUUAGCCGAGCCCCCUGGAGGGGGUGCAGCUGUUGGCCAGGAUGCCCAGGGGCUGCAGGAGCUGCCCAGGAGAGCCUGGCGCUGGAACAGGGAGCACUGGAGGAGGCUGAACCUGGACAGGAGGCUGCUGAUGGCCGUGACUCCUUGGGUGGGCAAUGUGCUCAUGCCCCGCACCCUGCGGGCUGGCAGGAUGGCUUUCCACCACACAAAAGCUGCUGCUAUUCAUGAGAAGGUUAAGUCAGUUAAUCUCACCAGCACUCCCCUGUUUGCACUGCUCAUUCAGCUCCUCCAGAUUGAUACCAAGGGCUGUAUGAAGAUUAUUAAGGAGAGGCAGCUGGGGCUGCUUAAGGCUAAUGCAAGGAGCCCUCAGCAGGCUUCCCAAAAUACAGAGACUUCUUCAGGCAACUCAUCCCAAGCUUGUUCUCAGAGGAAUUCCCAACAGGGCAUCCCAAAGAGUGCUGUCAGGAGACCUUCUGCCUCGAGAGCAUGGGCCAGCCCCUCUGGGGCCUUGGAGAGCUGGGCCCCAGCUGUGCCAGGAGCUCCCCCAGCCCAGAGCCAAAGGCACAAGCCAAAAACUGUCUCAGAAUUGCUGCAAGAGAAGCGUUGGAGGGAGUUCCAGGCCAGGGCAGCCAUGCAGAGGACAGUGCUGGUUGCCCCACAGGUGCUGCUUUCAGGGCCUUUGAUAAUCCAGCACCCAGCACAGCAAAUCAUUCCCUCUGCACAAGCAGGGAGCACACCUGCAGCAGCUGCUGGGACAGACAGCCAAGUACAGGGUUCAGCAGUGCCCACAAGGACUUCUGCAGCAGGUUCUGCUUCUGCUCCUGUGCCUGAAAACCAUUCCUCAGCAGUGCCAGAAACUGGGGAGAGCCCUGGCUGCUCACAAGGGACAGACCUACAGUCAAGUAAGGAACUAAAAAAAGAAGCUCUGAAAAGCAGCCCUGAAGGAAGGGUUUCUCCAGGUGUGAGUCCAGCUGCAGCAGAGAAGGCCCCAGACCAGGGAGGAUGCAAUGGUCAGGUCACAGCCAGUAGCUCAGCUUCAGCAGUGUUGCAAAACCAGGCUUGUGUGCCUCCCCAGAUCACAGUGGUGGCUCUUGGCCUGGAGUCUGGCACCAAUAAAUUGUCCCUUUCCACACCAGUCACCUGUGAGCUGAAGAGUAACGGGCCUCAGCAGGGGCCAGUCAGCCUGCUGCCUGCUCUUGUCACUCCACAAGCUGCUUCUCCUGUGAUUUCCAGCAGCAUCCUGCCCUUCAAGUGGGUUGUAACCCCCCAGGGUCUGCUCCCCAGCACUGUGCAGACUGUGGUGGGUGUUCCCCAGGGAAUGCCAGCUGCUCCUGGGGGAAGCCAGGGUCAGACAGCUGUGACUUCCAAUGGCAAUGUCUCUGCUUUUGGAGGGACUCCUGUACCAGCUGAAGCAAAUCCACCUCCUCACCUCAGGAGUGCAGAGACAAAAGGGCCAAGUUCCCAGCUAGCAGGAGUUCCUUUGGGAAGGGCAGCUGGCCAGACUCCAGUGAGUGCUGGAUGCACCACAUCCAGCGUUUCUGCUGUAACCCCUGCAUGUUCAGAUGGCUCCUCCACAGCUCCAGACUCCUCUGCAGCUCCAGCUGUCCCUCCAGCUGCCAGCCCAGCCCUGUGUGCCAUGCUGCUGCCCCAGACACAGCUCCCUGCCAGCACUCAGGGCUCUGACUCUCAGCCUGUGCCCAGUCUCACCAACUUGGGCAGGAGCAGUGACUCCAUCACAACAAACGGAUCAUCCUCCAGCCCAGGCAGCAUCAGGAGAGGGGCUGAGCUCUGGCCAGGAGCUGCAGUUCCUCACAGCAGUGUCCCAGGGAGCUCUGCCUGCUCUGGUGCCCAGGCACGGAGGAACAGACCCAUUGCCUCCAAACCACCGACUGCUGACGUCCCCCCCCAGCCAAGCACCUCCCAUGCUCAGAAGAACGUCCUUGACUUCAGCCUGAUCUCCCUGGAGGACCAGGGGCUGGUGAAGGAGUGGCUGAGUGGGAAACAAGGGGUUCAGGUGCCACCACUGCAGACCAGGCUGCCUUAUCUGCCACCUUUCCUCUGCAGCAUAAAAACCCUCUCAAGGCUCCUUCUGCAGAAAACAGCUCUGGAGGAGCAAGCAGCCUCUCUCCUGCCCUCUGAGGCCAGCGGGGAUGGGGGCACUGGGGAUGUUUUCCAUGCUAUUGGAGAACUGGUGCAGCAGAAACUGGGUGAUAACCCUGCUUACCUCCUGCUGAAAGCAAGAUUCCUGGCAGCCUUCACACUCCCAGCUGUCCUGGCAACUCUGUCUCCUCCCAGAGUGACAACAACUGUGUCAGGCAUGGGGCAGGAACUUGAGGAGAGUGAUGACGAGGAGUGGCUGAGUGUGAACAAAAUGUUUGAGGAAGAGAGCUGUGGGAAUGAAUUAACAAAAGUAAAGGAGGACUGGAGACUUGGGGAUGAGCCUGGAGACAAAGCUGCUGAGUUACUAAAUCAGGGCAUGGGGGCUGAGGAGAGCCCUGCUCAGUCUGCUUUGGGCUCCUGCACUUAUGUGACUGAUGCCAGAGCUCCCCAAAGCAGGAGAAGUGCCCGCUUCAGGAAGAGAAAGAGGAGGACAUGAGAAGGAGAUGUGGGUCACUGGAAUGAGCUCUGCCUUCCUGCCUGGCAGGAGGAGAUAAUCUUUGCACUGUUCACCUUUAGCACUUCCAAUGCUGACUGGAUGGACCUGGGGAAGAGGAAAAUGCUGGAUUGAUUUUCCCAUCCCUCAACAAAAUAUGCAUCUGUAGGGAAAGUUUAAAAAUGAAGAAACUGGCUGGAGGGAAAUCUUUCAGGCACAGACUCCUGCUCUUUGAAACUCCCACCUGCCGUAGAUUCUGAGGGGGAAUAUUGGUGGAAAUGUGGGGAAACAAGCAAUGGUGGUUAUUUAUUUCCUUCUUGUGUUGUUUAUGUGAAUGCUUAUCCAUGUUCAGAAUAUGUUAAUUGGGUGGUUUUUAGUGCUGUGACAGUGGCUUCGCUUGGUAACUGACUGAAUAAGCAGCAGAUUAAUUUUGUAUCAAAAUGACUCUUAAGUAUUUGUUGAAAUACAGAUGUUUUAUUUUUCUCACUUAAAAAUUA